AGCCGGUGCUCGUUGGGACGGUGUUAUCGGAACCAAGCGGAGCCAUUCCGGUAUAAGUGCCGCACUUCUCACUGCCGGUCCGACGGCUCGGACUGCCCGGGGGCUGCAGCGCCCACCCCUGGAGGAGCCCAAAGAAAGGCAUUACCAGCUGAGCAGCUGGUGGAGCCCCGCAAUUGUGUCCCCAUAGCACAGCCUCAGCCACUCGACGUGUCCCUGCGCUGCCCAGGGACGGCAGAAGCUCCGCGAUGCGGCUGCUCCUGGUUGGGAAGACCGGGGGGGGACGAAGCGCCACAGGGAACACCCUCCUGGGGCGUCGCGUAUUUGAGUCCAAGCUGUCCACCACGCCGGUGACCCGCAGCUGCAACACAGCAGUUGGGCACUGGAAUGGAGAGGAAAUUGUGGUGGUUGACACGGCCGAUAUCUUCCAUGUGUGGGACCGCAGCGAUGAGAUGUGCACUGAAAUCUCCCGCUGCAUCGAGCUGUCCUCACCCGGCCCCCACGUGCUGCUGCUGGUCACCCAGCUGGGCCGCUUCACCGAGGAGGACCAGGAGGCCGUGCAGGGCGUGCGGAACAUCUUUGGAGCCGGCGCAACACCUGUGUCAGCCACAGGUACACCGGGGGGCGCUUUGGAUUAA